AUGCAAGGGGAGUCCCCACAAAGCUCCAGCAGGUACCCAAACUUCCCGUCACUUUCAGAGGGAGAUUAUGAGGAAGAGGGCAAGGAAAAGAGGGACGCCUCAAGAGUUAGGCCCUUGCGUCGCCCAGCCAAGGAGGAGGGUACAAGUGCUAAAGACGGAGGCGCCCUUCCAUCUCUGCCACCAGGGUUCAACCUCACUGUACCCAAGGCUCUGAAAGAAGAGGCACGUGACACCGACCCAAAGGCCCUGGCCGUCUCCUCUGAAUGCUCUGCCUUCUCCGGGAAUGUUGGGGACCACGGAGAGGGUUCCUGGAAGCCAGGCUUGGAAGGUGUGGCAGCAUCCUGCAGUGCCCCUAACCCGAAGCUGCGUUACUCACUCCGUCUGGCAAAUAGAAAAAGGAAGCUGCAGGUACCAGAGUUUGAGAAAGGGCUGCAAGGACUUCAGCCUUCCGUCAGCUCAAAGGCUAUCAGCCCCACCACUGCUAUUAAAAAGGACGUCAGCAAGGAAAUGGGACAACCGACAAGCAUGGCUUUUCCACAGGAGCCUCGUCCCAUUGAAGGAGGAAUGAUGGUCUGGUUCAAAUUCCAGGAUCACCCAUUUUGGCCAGCGGUGGUAAAGAGUGUCAGCCAAACAGAGCAGACUGCGAGGGUGCUUUUGAUUGAGGCAAACAUGCACGGCGAAAUGAGUGGCAUUCGAGUUCCUCUUCGAAGAUUAAAGCAUCUGGAGUGUAAAGAGAAAGAAAAACUGAUGAAGAGAGCCAGGAAAGUGUACGAGCAAAGUGUGAACUGGUGUUUCUCCCUGAUUUCCCACUACAGGGAAGGGCUCAGUCGCGGGUCUUUUGGAGGCUCUUUCCUGGACUAUUAUGCUGCCGACAUCAGUUACCCAAUUAGGAAAGCCAUCCAAGACGGGGAUGUGGAGAUUGAUUUCCCAAAGGUGAAUUAUGCCGACCUGGAAGAUUCUGAGGAGGAGGCCUCCCUGGGCGGGGGGAAGAGGCCCUGCAAGAAAAUUCUCCCUGACCGCAUGAGGGCUGCUCGGGACCGAGCCAACCAGAAGCUAGUGGACUUCAUCGUGAAAAGAAAGGGAGCUGAUCACCAUCUUCUGGACAUUGUCAAAGGCAGGAAAGAGUCCAGGUGGCUGGCAUCAUUUCUGAAUUCAAGCAGGUACGUGAUCUGCAUUGAAACAUACCUGGAGGAUGAAGACCAGUUGGAUGUGGUGGUGAGACAUUUACAAGAAAUCUACAAACAGAUAGACAAGAAAAUGCUGACUCUGACAAGGGAUGACAAAGUGAGUUUUGUUCUGGAAGUUCUUCUGCCAGAAGCAAUCAUUUGUUCAAUUGCUGCACUUGAUGGAUUAGGCUACAAGGAGGCAGAACAAAGGUACCUACAGGGGCCACCGGUGCAUUACCGGGAAAAAGAGCUAUUUGAUAAAAAUGUCCUCAAGGAAAUGAGAAAGGGAUCAGCAACAAGGGGCAAAGCUAAAUAA